AAUCCACCAGGGUAUCAAACCACACGCUUGUCACUUGUGUGGUAAGAAAUUUUCACGAUCUAGUACUUUAAAAGAACACUUAGAUAUAUUCCAUGCCAAGAAUAUUAAAGAAUACAAUUGUAAGCUUUGUGACUUCACAAAUUUACGUAGAAAUGAAUUAUCAAUGCAUAUGGUAAUAGAACAUAACAUUGGAACCUUAAACAGUGUCAAACCGAGGUUCUCUAAACCAAAGCCCCAAACAUGCACUAUUUGCAAUAAAAUGUUAAGUUCAACUGCAGCUUUAAACAUGCACAUGAAAAUACACAAUAACGUUAGAGAACAUUUGUGCAGGCAUUGUGGUCGUGCCUUUCAUCACAAAGCUGGUUUAGAAAAUCAUGAACGAAUACAUACCGGUGAAAAGCCUUAUAUUUGUCCACAUUGUCCCAAACGGUUCUCACAACAAAUAGGACUUAAAAUACAUGAAAGGACACACACAGGGGAACGACCUUAUCAAUGCAAAGUGUGUCUAAAAUCCUUCAGCCAACAAACCCACCUCAGGACCCACUCGUUUACUCAUUCUGGUGAGAGGAGAUAUGCUUGUGAUAUGUGUGAUAAAAGAUUUGCUUUGAGGGAAGGCUUGAGGUAUCAUCAAAUGGCACACACAGGCGAGACACCAUUUAAAUGCUCAUUGUGCAAUAAAGGAUUCUAUAUACAAUACAAACUUAAAGUACACAUGGCUAAAAGUCAUCAUUUGAAAAUGGAGAUAAUAAAGAAAUAA